AUGGGCCAGCAAACACUAGAACAACAACAGCAACAACAACCACACCAUCAGCAACCCCAACAACAUCCAGAAUCGUCCGAGUGUGAGAGCCCUUCUCAGGCACAGCAGGAUGUCCAAGUUGACGCCACCACUGACUUCGAUCUCGACCGCGUUGGUCGUCAACGACCCGCUGUCUUUUCGAGCACCUUGGAAGAGGUCAUGUUCUGCGGCUCCAUCCUCAUUUCUAUGCUCAUGAGUGAAUACUUUGUUUCUGGCUUCAAUAUCAUUUUGCCUGGUCUCGCCGGGGCGCUAGAUAUUCCCAAAAAUUCCCAAACAUGGCCGUCCAGCGUCUUCUCCCUUGUUACCGGCUCUUUUCUCCUGCCAUUCGGCCGCCUUGCCGACAUGUAUGGAGCCUACUUCAUCUUCACCGGCGGCCUGGUUUGGAUGUGCAUCUGGUGUUUGAUUGGUGGCUUUAGUCAGAACUAUCAGAUGCUCAUCGUCACCAGAGCUCUUGCCGGUCUAGGUCCCGCUGCUUUCCUGCCUACUGGUUUGAUGCUGCUGGGGAAGACCUAUCGUCCUGGCCCGAGGAAGAAUCUCGUUUUUAGUCUCUAUAGUGCAUUCGCUCCGCUCGGUUUUUUCAUCGGAAUUAUCCUGGGUGGGGUCACUGGCGAGUAUCUUUCGUGGCGUUGGUGGUUCUUUAUUGGAACCAUCAUCCUGUUUGUGACAAGUCUGAUGGCUUAUCUCACCAUCCCCAAUGAUAGACACCAGGCUGUUGCUAACCACGGAGGAGCCAAGAUGGACUACUUCGGUUUGUUCACCAUCGUUCCGGCUAUCAUUCUCAUCACCUUUGCCAUUACCACCGGUGGCUCGGCUCCAAAUGGUUGGCGCACCCCUUACAUUCCCGUAACGUUCGUUAUCGGAAUGCUUUUCCUCUGCGCCGCUAUAUAUCUCGAGGGCUGGGUCGCUGAGCAGCCUCUGCUGCCAAAGGAUCUGUUUGCCGCAAAGUAUAUGAAGAGGUUCACGCUUGCUCUCUUCUUCGCCUACGGAGUGUUCGGCAUUUUCUUGUUUUAUGCCAGUUUACACAUCGAGGCAUUCAUGGGUGCCUCCACCCUCCAAACGGCGACCUGGUUCGCUCCCAUGGCUGGCGGUGGUAUCGUCCUAGCCACCAUCGGCGGCUUCACCCUUCAUAAGCUUUCCGGUAGAGUGCUACUGAUGAUAUCCGGAGGCGGUUGUCUUGCCAGCGUUCUUCUCUUUGCUCUCAUCCCCGACCAUGCCAAUUAUUGGGCCUUUGUGUUCCCCGCCAUGCUCGGAGCCACCAUUGGUGUUGAUAUCACAUAUCUGGUGUCCAACGUCUUCAUCACUACCAAUGUACCUGCGCACAUGCAAGGUACUGCUGGCGCUCUCAUCAACAGUCUUGUCUUCAUUGGCAUCAGCUUCUUCCUCGGUCUCGCCGAUCUGGCUGUUGCUGAAAGUGAGGGCACGUUUGACGGCGAGAACCACAGGGUGGCCUUCUGGUUUGCAGUAGCCUGUGCCGCUUGCUCUCUGCUUCUUUUCUGCCUUAUCGAUCCCGGCAAAGCCGAAAGCGAACUUACCUUGGAGGAACGGAUGGAAGCUGGACUUGAGCCCAAGAAGGAAACGUCUGCGUCCGGUUCGGAGUCGUCAAACCCUGAACCAGAGUACGAAUAGAAUGAUCUUUCGUUUGCAUAGCUUCGGAGUUCAUGCUUGGUUUCAUAGGUGUAGAACAUCGGUCGACUUAUAGAAUUUGUCUUGAGUAUAUCAUCAAGCAGAGCACACUAUGCAUCAUAUGUAAUAUGAUCUGCUAUAUAUUGAUCAUCCUCGCCGUUUAAAUACUCAAAGCUCGUCCU